CUUCAUUGUCAGCGACUGAUACUGGCUGUUAGACAACGAGCGUCUCUUCUGAUAAAUUUUGUGGCAUUCCCUGUGGGGCUGUUUUCAAUAUGGCUCCGCGGUGUCAAACACUAGCAUUUGUCCUUUUGUUUUGCCAUGCACUCAGUAAUCCUGUUUUUCAGCCUUCCUUGGUAUUGGACAUGGCUAAAAUACUUCUUGAUAAUUACUGUUUCCCAGAGAACCUGGUUGGAAUGCAAGAGACCAUAGAACAGGCCAUCAAAAGCGGGGAGAUGCUGCAUGUCUCAGAUCCGUACACCUUAGCAAGUGUCUUCACUGCUGGGGUUCAAGGCUCAUUAAACGACCCACGUCUGGUAAUUUCUUAUGAACCAUCACACCAUGUAGUGAAACAGGAAGAAGAAACAAUUCCUUCUCCAGAGCAGCUGCAAUACCUAGUGGAUCAUUCUAUAAAGUAUGAGCUUUUGCCUGGUAACAUUGGCUACCUUAGAAUUGACUGCAUCAUAGGUCAAGAUGUAGUACAGAAAAUUGGUCCCUUCCUGGUCAAUAAUAUAUGGAAGAAACUGAUGCCGAGUUCAGCUCUUAUCUUGGACUUUAGAUAUAGUACUCAAGGUAAGGUUUCCGGGAUUCCUUUUGUCGUGUCCUACUUGUGUGAGUGUGAGUCUGUCAUCCAUAUUGAUACCAUUUAUAAUCGCCCAUCCAAUACCACCAUGGAACUGAGGACAUUACCUGCAACAAUGGGUGAGCGUUAUGGAAAAGAUAAAGAUGUAGUGGUAUUAACAAGCAGACACACUCAGGGCAUAGCCGAGGAUGUGGCAUAUAUCCUUAAGCAUGUUAAUAGAGCAAUCAUUGUUGGAGAAAAAACAGCAGGAGGGUCACUGGAUAUACAGAAAAUAAGGAUUGGCCAGUCGGAUUUUUAUAUUACUGUUCCCGUGUCUCGGUCUAUUAGUCCACUAACUGGACAGAGCUGGGAGGUAGCUGGUGUUUUUCCUUGUGUGGUAGUGAAUGCAGAGGAUGCACUGAAUAAAGCUCUGGCUAUUCUGUCUGUUCGCUCAAAAAUUCCCAGUGUUCUUGAACAGCUUAAAGACAUUCUCAAAAAAAAAUAUGCUUUCUCUGACCGUGUCCCCGCUUUGAUAAAGCAUCUUUCAAACAUGGACUAUGCUCCAGUUAUAUCUGAGGAUGAUCUUGCUGCCAAGCUUAAUUAUGAACUCCAGUCUGUUACAGAUGACCCAAGACUGGUGCUGAAAAGCAGGGCUGACACACCAGUUAUCCCACAGGAUUUCCCAGUGUCUGACAAUCUACCAGAUGAUGAAUCAUUUCUCCAAGGCUUGGUUGACACAGUCUUCAAAGUGAACAUCCUAACAGGGAAUAUUGGCUACCUACGUUUUGAUGAGUUUGCAGAUGCCUCUAUUCUAGCUAAAUUAGGACCCUACAUUGUAAACAAAGUAUGGGAUCCCAUCACCAUCACAGACAACCUCAUUAUAGAUUUGAGAUAUAACUCUGGAGGCCCAUCUGCUGCAGUCCCCGUGCUGCUGUCCUACUUUCAAGAACCAGAAACUAGGAUACGCCUGUUCACUUUGCAUGAUCAGUUGCUAAACUCAACCAAGGAAUUCUACAGUAUUCCUAAUCUGCUUGGAAAUCCAUAUGGCUCUAAAAGAGGAGUUUAUGUAUUAACAAGCCACCGAACUGCCACAGCUGCUGAGGAAUUUGCUUACCUCAUGCAAUCUUUAAGCAGAGCAACAAUCAUUGGUGAAAUAACCUCAGGAACCCUUAUGCAUUCCAAAUCAUUUAAUCUAGAAGGUACACAAUUGACUAUUACUGUGCCAAUAAUAAACUUUAUUGAUAACAAUGGUGAUUGCUGGCUUGGGGGUGGAGUAGUCCCAGAUGCUAUUGUCCUGGCUGAAGAAGCAUUAGACAAAGCUAAAGAAAUUAUUGCAUUUCACCCAGAUGUUGGUGCUUUGGUAGAAGGCACUGGUCAGCUCCUUGAAGUCCAUUAUGCCAUUCCUGAGGUGGCUAACAAAGUCAGCAGCAUAAUUAAAAGUAAAUGGUCUGAAGGCGGAUACCGCUCAGUAGUGGAUCUAGAGUCUCUUGCAUCCCAGCUUACCUCUGAUAUGCAAGAUAUCUCAGGUGAUCACCGAUUGCACGUAUUCUACAGUGACAUAGAACCAGAGAUUUUGGAAGACCAGCCACCCAAAAUCCCCUCACCUGAAGAGCUCAGCUAUAUAAUUGAUGCACUAUUUAAGAUUGACGUCCUUCCAGGAAAUAUUGGAUAUUUGCGAUUUGAUAUGAUGGCUGAUUCAGAAAUCAUAAAAGCUAUUGGUCCUCAGCUUGUGAGUAUGGUCUGGAACAAGCUGGUGGACACAAGUUUCUUAAUAAUUGACAUGAGAUUUAAUACAGGAGGGUACUCCAAUGCUAUACCUAUAUUCUGCUCAUACUUCUUUGAGCCAGAACCUCUCCAACAUCUGUAUACUGUAUAUGACCGUAGCACUUCCAAAGGCACUGAGAUAUGGACAUUGCCAGUGGUGGCUGGUCAAAGAUAUGGUUCCACUAAGGACAUAUAUGUACUUACUAGUCAUAUGACAGGAUCUGCAGCUGAAGCCUUUACAAGGUCUAUGAAGGAUUUAAACAGAGCUACCAUCAUUGGGGAGCCAACAGGAGGUGUUUCACUGUCUGUGGGCAUGUACAGAGUGGAGGACAGCCAUCUUUAUGUGUCAAUCCCUAACCAAGUGGUAAUCAGCUCAGUGACUGGAAAAGUAUGGAGUGUAUCUGGAGUUGAACCUCACAUCAUCAUCCAAGCCAAUGAGGCCAUGAGUGUUGCCCACCGUAUUAUCAAUCUCCGCUCUAAAAUUCCCUCUAUUAUUCAGACAGCAGGAAAGCUGGUAGCAGAUAACUAUGCAUUUGCAGAAACAGGAGCUGAGGUAGCAUCCAAACUUCUGUCUCUGGUGGAGAAGAAGGACUACAAAAUGAUAAAAUCUGAGGUAGAGUUGGCUGAGAAACUUAAUUAUGACCUGCAAACUCUCUCUGGAGAUGUUCACCUAAAGGCCUUAUAUAUACCUGAAAAUUCCAAAGAUCGUAUCCCAGGAGUAGUGCCAAUGCAGGUAAGAUGAGCAAAAUAAUUGCUAAGCUACUCCAAACCAAUGAUAAAAUAUAAUUAGUCAUGGUUAGCAGGAAUAACAGUCAACAAGUACACACUUAAAGUUUCACACACGUUAAUAGCAAAUGAAAACCUAAUCCUAGAUUUCUGAUUUUGACACCCUGGUAUCUUCGAACUUUAUGGCAUGCUACUCCUGCUGCUUGAGAUCUUACUCAAUUACCCCCUCAAUCCCUUUGUGUGUUACCGAUAUCUGCUCUUAUGUUUUAAUUCUCUCUGGCCGUCACCUCUAAAUUCCCCCUGCUACCCCUUGUUUCAACUGCCUAUUUAAUUUUUUAGAUUGCAAGAUCACAGGAUAAGUACUUUAUAGGAAAGAGUUUCAAUGGAUAGAUCUCAGCUCAUGGGCAGGGACCUCAUUGCCUUUUAAAAUGGUCUGUGUGUAUUGUACUCUCUUUUUCCCCAAUUACACAGUGCUGCAGAAUAUUUUGGUGCUUUAGAAAAUGCUAGUGUGAAUCCAUAAACAACACUAAAGUGCAGUAGCUUUGGUCCUUUGCAUUACGUAUAAUCAGUGGCUGAACGGAAGGAGAUAGGAUAUUAUUUGUGCCAAGCUUUCCCCACAUCUGGUUUCUUAUAACCUUUAAAAAGUCAUAAUGCAUUAUUUUGUUUUUAUAUUUCCAUUUGUAGUGCACUCCAAAAUAUGUUGGAUACAUUAUAAUAUUGGUUUGCACCUGAAAUUAGGUGCAAUGGGGUCCAGGAGUCAGUUCACUUGAAAAAGCUUUUAUAUAUCCUGAUAGUUUAGGAAAAAUACAGCACUUGCAUAUAUGGGGUGUAUGGCUUUAAGUCAAACUUGCUACACACCAAAAUAAUCUACUUUAAACUCAAAGAUGGAAACUGUAAAAAAGGAUAUAGGAAAACAGUAUGAGGAACUGUUUCCUAUUUGUAAUAAAAAGUUAUCACAGUUAUAUAUAAUGUAUGUGUCUUUAAAUCUGCGACUAAUAGAGUGAGGCAAAUUGUGUGCCAAAUAUCAUACUUAGUGACAGAAAAUAAAAAGUAAAAAUAGAAAUAGAAACUUCGUAUAAUGAAUAUACGGUUAUGUGACUGUAAAUAACCGUAUCACGUAGAGUGAUAAUAAAAAAGUAUUCAGAAAAAUAAGUAAAUAGAAUGAAUACAAAGUUUAAUGGGCAUAUUAAAAAAUACUAAAAAUAUAUAUUCAAAUAUUAACAAUAAUUAAAAAUAUGAGUCAGGAACGUAUUGCAAGAAUAUUACCAGUACUUUAGCAGUCCUUGUAUCAGAUAAAACGCAGGGACCAUCCAGGAUGGAUGUGGAUACAGUGUUGCAUAAACUGUAAUCUCUGGCUGUCGGCAGACACUGUAUCCACAUCCAUCCUGGAUAAACUAUCAGGAUAUAUAAAAGCCUUUUCAAGUGAACUGACUCCUGGACCCCAUUGCACCUAAUUUUAGGUGCAAACCAAACCACUUUAGUUUCAGGCAGAGUAUUUGGUGAAACUUCUGCCCAUAUCCAGUUUGAGACAUUCCACUACAAGUCAGACUCCCUCACUCCUGGGUGUUGCAAUAGGCAUACCAGACCAAUUUGACAUUAUAAUAUUGAUUUUAACCACAAUGCUCUCAAAAUCUGUACCCAAAAUUAUAUCAGUACAGUCAAAAUUACAAUAGGUCUAAAUAUUAAGUACCAUCGAUUAGACUUGUGCACAAAUUUGUUUCUGCUGGUGUGAACAAAUCAAAUUCUUUUCAGUCUAUGCUCGAACAAAUUGGUCAUCCAGGAUUUACCAGUGGAAUUGUAUUCAAUGAUUACAAUAUUCAGCCUAUUUCAACAACUUUGCUUUGUCAACUAUGAUCACCUGCCUUCUCUUUUGUGCUUCUAUUGACUAACCUCUCAUACAUUGCUUCUUAGGGGUUGACUCACUCUUAUCCCAAAUUUUUCAUCAUUCACAUGUAUGUUUUGUCUACUCAUUGUACACGGUGGUGGUCACUGGUAUGAAAAGCCACUGUUUAAUUUUGAGGCACUUUUCUGAAGUUAACUCCAUAAAAUAAAACAUUGAAAAUCACUUAUAACUUGCAUUAAAACAUUUUUUCAUUAAAAUCACUGUUUUGUUCUAAGUUUAUGCAAACGAUUUAGCAUCAUAAUCUAGGUCAGAAAACAAUAAAUAAUAGCAGAACAGAUAUAAUGAUUCACAGAGACGUAACUAGAAACCAGGGGAUGCCUGUGCAAAAAAAAAAAAUACAUCCCCCACCCCCACCUCAGCCCCUCCAUUUGUCACAUUCAUGCCCCUCAGCCCCUCCAUGUGUUUCAUUCAAGCCUCACAGGGUGAGUGUGGCAUAGUUGGAGUGGAUGAGUAUGACAGAAUUGGACGGGUUAAUGUGAUAUGGUGAGUGUGGCAGUGUGAAAGGGGGCAAGUGUGACAGAUUGAUGGAGAAUGAGUGUGACAGUAUUGGGGGGGUGAGUGUGACAGUGCUAGAUAAGGUGAGUGUAAUAGGAUGAAUAUGGCAGAGCGAUGGGAGGUGAGUAUGACAUGGGUGAGUGACAGGAUUGGAGAAGGGUGAAGAGGGGUGACAGUGUGUGGUGGGGUGACAGUUACACAGACACACAUAUGCAUACACUGAAGCUCAUGCAUAUAAACAGACAAACACACAGUGACAGACACACAGUUACACACCAUAUAACACAUACAGAUAUAUACACGGACACACAUGCUGAUACACAGACACAUACAGAUACAGAAGCACAGAUACACACACUGACACACAUGCAAAUACACAGACACACAAACACACAUAUACACAGAGACAUUUAUACAUAUAGACACACAUGCAGAUACACAGACACACAGAAUACCACACAUUGAGAUACACAGAAUGACACUCCUACAGAUACAAACACACAUGCGGAUACACAGACACACAUACAGACAGAUACACUUAUAGGCACUCAUGCAGAUACACAGACACUUAAGGACAAACAUUCAGAUACACAGAAUGACACUCAUACAGAUACAAGCAGUGACACACAUACAGAUACAUAGGGCACACACUGACAUACAGAUAUGCAGGCAUACCGAUACACAUACAGACACACAAGCAGACAGACAAACACAUACAAACAGACACAGAUACAUACAGACACACAUACAUAUACAUACAUACAUUCACAUACAAAUGCACAUACAUACAUGCAUACACAUACAUACAUACAUACACAGAUACACAAACACACACACAUGCAAAAUGUUUUAGUCACCCUCCUGUUUCCUUUUAGGUGCAGGAGGGUGACUUCCCCUGGGGUCCAGUGGCUGGCUCCUCCUCCCGCACGGCUCUCAUGGUUGCUGGCAGGAAAUCACUGGGGCAGUAAUUUCUUCCCAGCUCUGACCUCAUCACAGGGGGCCCUGAUGCGCUCUUAAAUCGUCACAGCGCUGACCAGGCCCCCUGGAAAUUCCAUUGUCAUUGGGUGGCCCUAACCGCAUGGGUCACACGAUGGGCCUUGAACGUGCGCAUUACAUGGCCGACAGGCUCUCCAGUUGCAGGGGUCCACAGGGCGGCCAUGCCCCUUAGAGCGACGGGUCGGUCACAGUUCUGACCCCUGCGACCGCGGUAGUUCCGCCACUGAUGAUUCAUAAAGAUCCAGUUAUGGGAUAAACAGAUAUGGUUUUCUACAUUUAUUAUAAAAUUUCUCAUCCUACAAAUACAUAUUUGUUAAGGGAUACAUAAACAUAAUAUUAAAAAUUCUAAGUGACAGUUCCUCAUUAACCUCUUUUAUUUAGCAUGGCUUGCCAUUCGUUUUGAUGGCAACUCUCAUAACACAGACCCUGAAAUAAAACAUUUUUUGUAUUUUAAUCUGCUAUAGCUCAAGUGUUUCUUUUGACUUUGACUUUUCAGAUCCCAUCUCCAGAGAUGUUUGAGGACCUCAUCAAGUUUUCCUUCCAGACUGAUGUGUUUAAUAAGAACAUUGGUUACAUGCGAUUUGACAUGUUUGCUGACUGUGAUCUUCUUAAUCAAGUUUCACAUCUGCUUGUCGAGCAUGUCUGGAACAAGAUUGUCGGCACAGAUGCCUUAAUUGUUGAUAUGAGGUACGUAGCAUAAAAUGCCUUCUUUUGAGCCUAAAAAACAUUUACAAUUUUGUUUUAGCAGCAUACAAGAAUAAUGAAGAUACAUUUGUGAGUUGCAAAUUACAGGUAAAUACCUGCACUAGCAAAGGGGUAUCAAACUGCUAUUGAUCACCAUGUGAAUAAAAAGCCAAAUGUCCAUCUCAUCCCUUGGUCUGAUUUACAGUCUAUUUCCCAAUAUAUCAAUGUGUUGCUAUUUUAUCUCUCUUUCAGUCUUAUGUCAUGUUUUCUGCCUCCCACUGUUUGUCAUUUUUUAGCCCAUCUUAUGUCUCACUUAAUUAGCAUAUUUUUGUUUUAACUCUGUCUUUCUAUGUACCUUUCUGUACUCUACUCCAUCAUUUUGAACUUCCGGUCAGUCACCUCUUUAUCAUUUUAACUUUCCACCCCCCUGUCUUAAUAUCCGAGUUGGUAUAGUAUUGUAAUAGCUAGAGAUUUGCCAAAAAAUGCCUUCAAGAACUGUUGUUUGUGGAAAUAAUCUGUGAAUGUAUUUUUGAUUCAGUGUGCAUAAUUCGCACUUUAGUUAUUGAAAACAAAAUGUAUUUUUGAUGCACAGAAAAAAAGAACAUUUACUGAAGUUAAAGAUAAGAAAACAGUAUUGGAUAUAUAGCAUUUCUACAAUUAUAAUAAUGACCUGCUCCCCCCCUCAAAUUCUAUAAUCCUCUCAUAUUGUUCCCAGUAGGUCUGGAUUCAUACCACAAACAUUUUUAUCAGAAAACAAUCAAAACCAUCACACAAUAUUUUCCCCCAGUAUAUCCCCCUCUCCCUCCCAGCACAUACAUAAUGGCCAUUUUGUUGGUGCGGGUGGGGGUUUGAAGUCCACCCAGGCUGUGUGUGUGGGUGCUGUGUGUUUGUGGGAGGCGGGGGGUGCUGUGUGUGGGGGGAUGCUGUGUGUUUGGAGGGGGUGUUGUGUGUGUGUGUGGGGGUGCUGUGUGUGUGGGGUGCUGUGUGUGUGGGGCGGGUGCUGUGUGUCUGGGGAGGGGGUGCUGUGUGGGGGGUGCUGUGUGUGUGAGGGGGGGUAGGGGGGGUACUGUGUGUAUGUGGCGGGGUGCUUAUGUGUGUGUGUGUGCGGGGGUGCUGUUGCAAAUAUAUUAAUACAAUCUGUAUCCCCCCCUCCCUUCUUACUUUUGGUGAAGGAGGAUGGACACAGCCAGCCCUGGUGAUCCGGUGGUGGUAAGAGGGACAGGUCCUGCGGCUCUCCUGUCCUCCCGCGCGCAGAAUGCUGUGUGGUGUGUUGCCAUCGUAACGUGCGGCAACGCUCCACACAGAUUGUUUGCGGGAGGACAGGAGGGCUGCCUCUCAGAUCCCUCCCCUGCUUCCGGGUCCUCCCGACACGGAAGCAGAGUAGGCGCCUGCCGUUUUGGGCAGGCAGGUGCCUACUCUGCACUGAUAGCGACCUAUGGCAGCGUGCUCGUGGAGAGGGCCCGGCGUGCCACCUGUGGCACGCGUGCCAUCGGUUCGCCAUCACUGGCCUAGGGGAUGUGCUCACUAAAAAUAUAUACUUUUGUCUAGCAAUUUUGCAUUCUGUGACUAUUAUAAAAUCUUGUCAUCUCAGCAUAUCAAAUUUUGCGAAGUAAAACCUUGAUUCACUCCUUUCAGUAUUUAUUUUGCAACUUCUAAAAAUUAACUGAACUAAGCAGAUUGGGAAUUUUAACAAUCAGAACUAAUUAGUUUUCUUUAGUUGGAUUUUGUGUGUAGAAAUUUGUCAUAGUAAAACUGAUUUUUUUAAAUGUAUUUUUUUUUUUUUUUAAAUUCAAUGUAAUAUUGCAUUAUGUACACUGAUCAACCACAACAUUAAAACCACUUGCCUAAUAUCGCGUAAGUCCCCUUGUGCUGCCAAAACAGAUCUGAUGCGUUGAGGUAUUGACUCCACAAUACCUCUGAACGUCUCCUGUGGUAUCUGGCACGAAGACAUUAGAAGCAGAUCAUUUAAGUCCUGCAUUCUUCUGCCUCUAGAGAACCAAACAGAAAAAAAUAGAGUCUGCGCAAAUAGUGCUUCUACCAUUUAUUAGAAGUCUUCUUCUUCUUCUGCCUUCAGUGCAUCUUGCUGACAACUCUUCCCCAGGACAUGCACAUACAGCCCUCCAUCCACCAGAAGAAAACGUUAUUCAUCAGCCAAUAGACAGGGCAUCAUGGGCACUCGGGAUUGGUUUGCGACUAAGCAGCCCCGUACACAGCAAAAUACAGUGCACUGUGUGCUUUGACGGCUUCCUAUCAUGGCCCGCAUUAAGUUUUUCAGUAAUUUGAGCUACUGUAGCUCUUAUGUAUGAUCAGACCAGAUGAGCUAGACUUCGAUCAUCAUGUGUAUCAAUGAGCCUUGGGUGGCCAUGAUGAUCCACAAUCAGUUCACCGGUUGUCCUUCCUUAUACUACUUUUGAUAGGUCCUAAACACUGCGUACAGGGAACACCCCACCAGGCUUGCUAUUUUGGAGAUGCUCUGACCGGGUCAUCUAGUCAUCACUAUUUGGCCUUGAUCUAAGUGGGUUAGAAUUACUCACAAUUUCCAGAGCUAAAAUCCAGCUCUGGUACGAAGUGCGUGAAGUGGAAUGAUCCCCACUCAAGGAUAUAUGGAGCAGUGACUUGCGGAAUAAGUGGUCCACCGAAGAUACCGACCGAGAAUUAAAACAAAUAAAAAUAUAUAGUGCUCACUGUAUGAUAUAAGUAUAAAAAAGAAGUAUGAAAUGUACUCACAAUAUAUUGAGCAUUCUUCUAUGCUCAUUUUUUAGCGUAUAGGUGGUUUAAUCCCCACCUAAGGAUUUUUCAUGAGUCCAUGUUGGUUCAGGUUAGUCAGGUAUAAAAAAUAAAAUAAUAUUUAAAUAAAAAUAGGAUUGUGGCAAUAAAGUAUUUGAGGCCAAAAUUCCUUUAUUAUGACAAUAUAAAAACUAUUAAAACAGAUUCUAAACGCGUUUCGCCCACAACAGGCUUCUUCAAGUAGAAUUAUAGUAAAUUUAGUAAAUUGUGAGUAAUUCUAACUUAUUGCACAUAUAUUCAACUAUAUCUACAUACUGUACCAUUGGUUGUCCUUUUACUUUUCUCCACAUAUGGCUCAUUGAAAAUACAAGUCAUCAUCUGGGAAGAGACAACAUUACGCUACAAAGAACACUCUUCAUUUAUUUGUGGACUAUCAACUUGGACUUUUUUAUCUCAAUUUUUAUUUUAUUUCAUUUUAGUAUAUAUUCUUUUAGUCAUAUACCUAUGUAUUUUUAUUAAACGUGCGCCCUAUUUCCUUUGUUCCAAUGGUAUUCACUUCACCUGUCAGUGUUUUUAAUGCUGUUGCUGGUCAUUGUAUACAUAUAGGGUAUCAAAAUAAAACCCUAUUUCUCCUUUCGAAAAUUAUGUAUAAUAUAUAUGGGUGCACUUAAACAGAAAGAGGUAAAUUGUGGCAGAAUGUUGUAAUUAUUGCAGUUUCUGAGAAACGGCAAUAAUUGCCUUGCAAUUGUAAUUAUUAUUGCAAUGCAGCAAAAUGCUAAUCAUUGUCUUAUUAUUAAACAGUAUAAUUAACUAUUUGAAACCACAAAUCUUCAGGUAUAUUUCUGUUAAAAGUACUGUUUAACCAUCUCUUCUUGUUUCAGUUUUAUAUUAAUGUUAUUUUUAAAGCAAUAUAUUUUGUCGGUUUUGCCAAGGUGUAACAAAAUGGAGAUAGUUCCAUGAAUGCAAUGGUCUAUAGGUUCUCCAGUGAUGUAAAUACUUAUGUAACUAACGUGAUUUAUAUGUAACAUAUGCAUUAAUUUGUGACUCACUUUACAGAUUCAACAUUGGAGGGCCCACCUCUUCCAUUCCAGCCCUUUGUUCAUAUUUCUUUGAUGAAGGGACACGUAUCCUGCUAGACAAGGUGUACAGUCGAGCAGCGAAUACCGUCACUGAUGUAUGGAGCCUCCCACAACUUGCAGGCAAGUUAAAAUCAUUGAGGCUUUGGCAGGAGCUAUCUGCAAUGGAUUGCUUAACAAUUUAUAUAAAUACAUCAGGUGGAUUUUUCACUCUACUGCCCAAGUGAAAAUAAAAAAUAUCAAUGAAUAUCCAAUGAAAACAUGUAUACAUUUAAUUAAGCAUUUUUCAAUGAGAAUACACCUAAAAACUGUUUCCAGAGCUGCAGAUCUUUGCAAGCUCUCCUUUUCCGACUGUCUGAGGCUGUCCAAUUACAGACUUCCCAAUGCAGCUCAAUGAGAAGUCUUUGCAAGGCAGGUGCUCUGAUCAAUUUCUGCCUAUUGACAUUAGCUCCACUGAGCUGGACUACAAGGAAGUGACAGGAUCAGUUGUCUGAUUAAUUGGGUUGUAACCAGGUUAAUUUAUAAAAGUGUCCCUUUCUAUUUAAAUCUACACUUUUUGUAAAAUGAAAAAUGAGGACACAGUCUUCACACAUAAAGCACUUCAGCAAACUAAAGUUCUUUAGAGGUCCGGAGUGUUCCUUUAAUAAGAAAGAUUGUUUAAACUAAACCAGUUUCUGAAAUCAUGACAUACAAUGGUCUGGGCAGAGCUUUUCCCAGUGGCAGGAAGCCAAUGUAAGGACUGACAGAGAAGUGAGGUGUGAGAUGACCGACUGGAGAGGAAAAUCAGUCUUGCGGCAGCAUUCAUUACAGACUGAAGAGAGGCUUUUGGGAAGACCAAUUAGGAGAGAGACCAAUGCAAGGAAUUACAAGAGCAUGGACAAGCUCCUUAGUAGCAUCUUGCGUAAGAAAGGGCCAGAUCUACAGGAUUUGGUAACUUACAGUUGAGAUCUUCAUAUACAGUAUUCCACAUAACCACCCUUCAACCCAGUUCUUUUACCCAUCAUGGUCACUAGCGGUCAAAUAGAGGAGUAGUAGAUCUGUUCUAGGAUGGUACAGUCCUCUCUUCCCUGGUUCAUACUAAAGUUCACUUCACUGUAUCCCAAUUAGCACUGGACUGAGAUUAAAACAGAUGCGUAUCGGCUACUCUCACACUAGAUCAUCACAACAGGAUGCAGAACUCCUGGUAUAAGGAUCUAAUUGCUAUAAAUUGGCAAGAAAACUUAAAGGAACACUAUAGGGUCAGGAACAUAAACAUGUAUUCCUAACCAUAUAGUGUUUAAGCCACCAUGUAGGUGUCUCCCACCCCCAGCCCCCAUAGAAAAGGUGAAAACUAACCUUAUUUCCAGGCCACACGGGUACGCCGACACUGGCCCCGCCGGGGCCAAACACUAUUUUAGCCAAUCAGCACCUCCUCAUAGAGAUGCAUUGAUUCAAUGCAUCUCUAUGAGGAGGUGCUGAUUGGUUAUCAUCAUCCCCAUGCAGAGUAUGGAGACGCUGAAUGGCAGUGCUGCCUACUGUGCAGCACUGCCCCAGAAAGCAACUCCAGUGGCCAUCUGAGGAGUGGUCACUUGGAUAUGUCCCUAGGAGACAAAGUAAACACUGCCUUUUCUGUGAAAAGGCAGUGUUUGCAUUAAAUAGCCUAAAGGCAAUGAUUAUAUUCACCAGAACAACUACAUUAAGCUGUAGUUGUUCUGGUGACUAUAGUGUCCCUUUAAUCAAACCAGUCAACAGAAUCAGCCAACCAUGAUAAUCUCCUAUAUAAUACCUUUUGGAAUCCAAAACAUAUGUUUACACACAUAUUAUUGUCCUAAUUGCUUAGAAGAGAGAAAGCAGAGAGGUGGAUAUCAUCAAAACAUCCAUUCUGCUUUUUGUUUUUGUUUUUUGUGGGCUGCCAUGCCAGUAAAGGUUACUCUAACCAGGUUUAAAACACCCACACUAAACAUGUUUCAUAAAUAUUUUUUUUUUUUUUUAACAGGUCCUUCUUAUGGGUCGAAAAAACCUCUAGUUAUCCUAACCAGUUCUGUGACUGAAGGAGCUGCUGAAGAAUUUGUGUACGUAAUGAAGCGACUGGGAAGGGCGAGUGUUGUCGGCGAGAAAACAAGUGGAGGAUGCCAUCCUCCACAGACAUACCAUGUAGAUGAUACGCUCCUGUACCUCAGCAUUCCCACUUCUCGCUCUAUUAGUGCAGAACCUGGAGCUUCUUGGGAAGGAAAAGGCCUGUUGCCAGACAUUAAUGUUCCUUCUGAAACAGCAUUACAAAAAGCAAGAGAAAUCCUGGAGUCGCAGCUUCAUGCUUAAUAUCUAGAAAGGACGUGUGCUUUAUUUAAAGAUUCCCACAAAAAGAUGGGGCAAUUCAUUACUUGUUAUGUAGAUUUUAGUAUGACAAGACCUAUAUACAGGAUGUACAUACAAACACGCACAUCCCUCUGUGCCGUACAAGACAUGUAUUAUGCACUGCCUUGACCGUCAUGUAGAUCUUCACGUGCACUCUGCUUGAAUUAGACGCACACUGCUAUGGACAGUGAUAUUCUUUAGUUAGAUAACACAUUAACAGCGCACAAAACGAGAACAAUGGUGCAUCUUAAAGUUAUUUUUACUUAGCAACAAUACCAUCGUUUUCAUUGUGUUAAGAAAGAGGAAACAUGCAAAAUAAGUGUUUAGUAUGCUAGCAUUACCAGUGCUCUGUCAUUAACCUAAACCCAUAUUAUGUGUUCUUGGUAAAUUGUGACUUCCCAGAAUUUUUUUUAAAUAUUGUGUUUACUUAUCCCCUGUAUUUAACAAACACGUGUUUGUUAGGUUUGAAUAAUAAAAUUAAAAGUAGAAAUCCACACCGUGUCCUGAAACUGUAUGCGCUACCAUUUUUUGUCAGUAAACAUAAUAUGUGUAAGAAAAGACAGAGAAACAAGCUUUCUUUUUCUCCUUCUAAUUUGCAUUGUGUGCCCUGGCUGCCUGGAAUGAAUUGGAUUGUGAUGUCAUUCACUAAAUCUCUAUAAAAAAGAAAACCAAAACUCACAUGUAAAAUAGAUUAACACAGGUUUUAGGUGUCUUUCCAUAUUUUGUUUUAUGAUGUAUUUUUUAGUUUUCCUUUAACCUCUUGAAGCUGUUAGGACAUGUCAUUAUGUCCUGAAUGGAAUGGGCUUUAACGUCGCUAGGGUCCUAACGUCUAUGCACCUUCAGCCCCUCGAAUCACCCUAAAUCCCCCCGAAUCAUACUCACCUCACUGGCUCCAGUUUGGGGAACUGCCUGGAUACCCAGGCAGUUCCCCAGCAGCCAAUUGGUUGCGACCAGAGUCACGUGAUUACAGUGACAGUCUAUCACCGUGAUCACUGAUACAAUGUCACAGUCAAUCAGGGGCGUACCUAGAGCAUUUGGCACCCAGGGCGGAUCCUGUGUCUGGCACCCCACCUUCUUAAUUGUUCUAUUUAACCAUUUCUCUGCUGAUCACAGUGCUAAUACUGCAAUUAGAGUGGUCAGUACACUAGUAUGCUUUGAUUUUAUUGUGGGGACUAGAUUUUUUAUUUUUUUGUUAAAAACGUGACCCUUUAACCAUUUUCUAGUUUUUGAUAACCCCUCCCUGCACUCUGAUUGUUGUGUUGUGUAUCAGAGCAUUUUAUCUUUUGUCUUACUUACAAAAAAAUUUAAUCUUUUAGGUCUAUUGCAGCGUUUUAUUCUAUGAUUAGUCGUUAAUUUUCGCUUUUAGGUUCUGGGUGUUCUCUUGGUGUAAGUGGGAAUUGGGGGAUAGGUUGAGAAGGCUUAUGCCAUGCUGACGCAUGAGUAAGAGGAGAGCAACUCUUUUGAUCUACCUGACAGUGUGACUCUUCCUGCAUCAGAUAAAAACCCCUAAGAGAGAAGUCUGGUGAAAAAAAAGAGUAUUGGAAACUAGAAAAGCUACAAUUUCUGGGGAAAUUGUGUAAAGUGUUCUUGCCUCCACCAGUAGUCUACAACUGGAGUGGGCGGAGUAAUUGUUAUACUUUAUUUAGCACAUUUAAUUGCAACGUUGUUGCACAGUUACAUUAAACCAUACAUUUAUAAAAACAUUAGCAGGUGUUCAAAAGGCCCUGUCUAUGACAUCACUUGCUGCUGCAGCUUGACACAGGUCAGAGUAUUUUGGUGGUUGCCAUCUUCAAACGGUCGUAUCUUAAAAACUAUAACUCCUACAGCGAAGAGCUUUAUAUUGUGAGAAUCACAAGACCCAGAUCUACAUUUUGAUGCAUAGUAUGUCUCUGAAGUAUUAAAAUUGAAGGCACAGUCGCAGUUUAGAAAUUGCACUUCAAAUUUGAGCUUUGCAGAGUGAAGUUUCAAUGAAAGUCAAUGGACGGCGUUAGUUGCAAACAAAUGAUUAUAUUGUGAAAACUAUCAGGACUAUGACUUAGCCGUUGACAUGGUUAGUGGCAGCAGGGAUAGCUGAACGUUUUGAUAUAAGAUUUGUGUAGGUGGGCCUGAAAAUAAGGGAGUGGUGGCAGUUUAGAAAUCAUGUCCUGAUUUUUCAGCUUUUGCCAGCUCCCACUCUAGCUUUGCCAUUCAUUCCUAUGGGACAAAUUUCGCCACAAGAACGACGAUAUUCCGUGAACCAUUCGGCGAAACGCUCCACAAAGUAAUAGCAAUCCGAUCGGGAACAAUCUGCACGUUUUGGUAAAUUUUUGUCUAUGUAGUGUAAAAACUGUGGGAGGAGUUAGGGUGGCAAAUUUGGCUAUAAUAAGAAUAAUAAUAUAUAUGUGAGAUAACAAUAAGUGGUCUUGCUAUGCAAGAACACUUAAUAACUGGCAUAAGCACCCCAUCCUUGCUACUCCUCUUUCUCUGAGUAGCUUAGCCAUUUCCUCCAUUUCAAUGAUAACACCCACUGCCCCCACUCUCCAGAAAUAACCACAAGAAUGACAGUCUACACAAAAUGAGACCCCUAAUUGAUCAUUGGAAAAAACUUUUUCAGAAAAUUACACCCAUGACCAAAAUAUCUGCAUAGAGAAGUCUCUCUUCAAGGUCACAAGAAGACUCUUUUUCAGACAUUCCAUCAAAGUGGCUCGCUAUGGAUUACAAUUUGUUUUAAUGUAAUUGUUUUAAAUUGUUUAAUUUAAUCAUUUUAAAAGUUGUGCGAAUGUAACACUGGGUCUGUGUGUCUAAAUGUUUUAAACUAUUAAUUUAGAACACUCUGUGUGUGACUCUUUG